GUCGCGGAGUUCGAAAGGCAGAGAAAGGGAGGGAGAGACGGAGAGCCAGUUGGAGAGAAAGAAAGAGCAGGGAAGAAAGGGAUUCUAGAGAGAGAAAGCCUGAAUCUGCAGAAAUGUCGUGGGAUACAUACGUCGAGGAACAUCUGAUGUGCGACAUCGACGGUCACUGUCUCACGGCGGCGGCCAUCCUUGGCCAGGACGGCAGCGUCUGGGCUCAGAGCGCAAACUUUCCUCAGUUUAAGACAGAACAGGUAACUGCGAUCAUGCGUGAUUUUGAGGAGCCUGGAUCUCUUGCACCAACGGGGUUGUUCCUUGGUUCAGCAAAGUAUAUGGUCAUUCAGGGUGAGCCUGGUGCUGUCAUCCGAGGCAAGAAGGGUUCUGGUGGGAUUACAAUUAAGAAGACCAACCAAGCGUUAAUCGUCGGAAUCUAUGAGGAGCCAAUGACCCCAGGACAGUGCAACAUGGUUGUUGAGAGGCUUGGUGAUUACCUUUAUGAUCAAGGCCUCUAGAUUUUCCGCUACUUGUGUGGCCUGUGGGUUUCUGAAUCAGCUUGUCUUCCUUCUAUUAGCCAUGAACAGUAUCGAUAUCAUAGACGUAUUGCUUCCAAAUAACUAUAAGGUUUCCAUGGAAAUCUUAUGAGAAGAAAAAUUAUUCAUUGGUGGCUAGUCCUUUUUUUUUUGUGUUUUUCCUUUUUUUUUCCCAAAAUAUUCAUUUUGUCAUUGUUCGACUCUAGAUUUAAAGAAGCCUGUAUGCAAAGAUGAGAGUUUCGUGUUUUCUAGUGUCCUUGAUGAGUUCUUCUGGGUUUUCAGAGCGUUCCAUUGCUUAAUUUCAAAGAAUGUAAGGGGGGUUUCUGGUGAAAGUUUUCCGCAGCCCCCAUGUUUAUUGUAAUAAACCUUCUUGAUCCUGUUUUUAUCUUACUAAAGAUGAUAACAAAUG